GACGCGGGAUCGAUGAGGCAAUAUAGAAGUGCUCAAAGGCUCCCCUGAGGGAAUGAACCCAGAACAAUCUCUUGUUUUCAGAGGGAACCAGCCCUUAACUCUUGCAACUGAUGCAAGAGUCUCCUUUGGGAACUCUGACCAAGCUACCACAAUGCCCUUUCUACAUGGCUUCCGGAGGAUCAUUUUUGAGUACCAGCCUUUGGUAGAUACAAUUUUGGGAUCUCUGGGGAUACAAGAUCCUGACAGACAGGACAGUCUGGAGAGCCCGACUUAUCUGGCCGAUGAUGGAAGUCGGGUCCUUGUUCUCAAUGAGCUGUUGGAGAGGGAGGCGCAUUCCCCUUUUUACCAGGAAGGUGUGAGCUAUUCCUUGCUGAAGAUGGCAGAGCUUGGGCUAACACAUGCGGCUGACACUCUUUUGCAGAAUGGAGCCAACCUCAACUUUGAAGAUCCUGUCACUUACUACACUGCUCUGCACAUUGCUGUCCUCCGCAACCAACCUGACAUGGUAGAGCUGCUGGUGCAUCAUGGGGCCGACAUUAACAGGAGAGACCGGAUCCACGAGAGCAGUCCCCUGGACUUGGCCAGUGAGGAACCCGAGCGGCUGCCCUGCUUGCAACGACUUCUGGACCUUGGGGCUGAUGUUAAUGCAGCUGACAAACAUGGAAAGACAGCUUUGCUUCAUGCACUAGCCAGCAGCGACGGGGUCCAAAUCCAUAACACUGAGAACAUCCGCCUCUUGUUGGAAGGAGGAGCAAAUGUAAAGGCCACCACCAAAGAUGGUGACACAGUCUUUACAUGCAUCAUCUUCCUGCUUGGUGAAACAGUGGGAGGAGACAAAGAGGAGGCCCGUAUGAUCAACCGGUUUUGCUUUCGUGUUACUCAGCUGCUACUGGCCCAUGGAGCAGACCCUAGUGAGUGCCCACCCCAUGAAUCUCUCACCAAUAUCUGCCUCAAGAACUUUAAGCUUCACUUUCCACUCUUGCGCUUCCUUCUGGAAUCUGGAGUCUCCUACAAUUGCUCCCUCCAUGGCCCAUCUUGCUGGUCUGGCUUCCAUAUUAUCUUUGAGAGACUCUGUUCCCACCCAGGCUGCCCUGAAGAUGACAGCCACACUGAACUCCUGCAGAAAGCAGAGACUGUCUUGGAGCUCAUGGUAGCUAGUUCCCAGAGAAUCCAGCUGCCUAGCAACUUUGAGGUCAACCCUGCUGGUUGCCUGGCAGAAAAGAUUAAGGCCCUCUACACUUCCUUGAAGCAACUAGAGUACUGUCCCCCACCCCUUAAACAUCUGUGCCGUGUGUACAUUCGCCAACAGCUCCAACCUUGGCCUGUGGAUGUCAAGGUCAAGGCCCUACCUCUUCCUGACAGGCUAAAGUGGUAUCUUCUCAUUGAGCACAGUGGUUCUAAUGAUGAUGAUGUCUGAUAUGACUCAGGCAAGCCCCUUCAUCUUCCAUUUGUUUCCCCCAGCCCUGUCCUCCUCCCCCUCCCCUGGAUUUCCGAGAUUUCCCGGGUUGAAGGGCACAAUGGUUGGAGCAGCUUUAAUGUGACAGUUUGACUACUUGUGCACUAAAUGAGUAUAGGUCCCUGGGUUCUGGGAGGAGAGAGGAGGUAGCCUUUUUCCUCAUUUAUCUCCAUCUAAACAAGAAGAGGUUUGGGAAAGACCUGGUUCUUGAUGGGUGCUAGGAAAGAUAUGUGGGUAUUCCCUAGGGUUUCCUACUGGGGUGCUUGAUAAUAGAAGCUUCACUCAUUCCUAAUAUAAGAUGCAUUAUUAAAGGUGGCUUUGCCCCAUGGGCUAAGGAUCCCAAUCCUUGCCUGAAAGGGAACAGGCACUGCAUUCUAGGUCUGGGAGAAGCUAGGAUAUCCUUUAAUUUUCAUCUCUUUUACGUGAGAGUUUACUUGCUGUGCAGCAGUCUGUCCACUGAAGCUCACCUCUAGAUAUAUUGGAGGGAACAAGAAAUCUGCCUAUGUUGGUACAAAGACUACCACUCUGUGAAAUUCUCUUAGGUUUUAGCAAGCAUCUGGUUUUCUGGGAGCUGUAGGAAAUUUAUAUUCUUCCCAGAGAAGCCACUUAGUAAAACAUGAUGUUAUUUAUUCCCUCUAAUUGAAGGGAUUUUAUGAGGGUUGUCAGUCUCUUUCAAAAGCUGAAGACCCAGAAAUUGGUUGUUUCAGAGUGAGAGGUGUGGGAGGGGGCAAAGAGGUCAGACAUGUUGCCCUUUGCUCUCUGCUAUUUUUCACCAUGGGUUCUCUUAGCUGUUACUUGGCAGUUCCUGCCAAAGUGCCUUUUGGGUGGCAGGGGAAAAUAGCUACUGAAAACUUAUAUAAAUCCACUUAAUCUCCCAUGGGUGAAAGAUGAGCUCAGACCUCUUUCUAACAGCACUGCAGAGCUAUCAGGCUGGAAUGUUAGGUCACAAUGCAUUGCAUGUAAAUACAGCUGGUUUGAGCUACCUCACCUUAUCGGUGGGCUGUAGGCAGUCUGUACAAAGAACCUAACAUUUCUAAUAUGUUGAUAAUCUCCCUAACCCCAGUGUAAGUUAAUGGUUAAAGUGCCAAAACCAGGAGCUUUCUUAUUUCACUACUGGAAAAUAAAGUGCUAUGUAUGAUACUACUUGUGUUUAAAAGCGAUUACGAGUAUAUUCAAGUAUGUGGCCUUUUAUCAAAGUCAGUCUUGUCUUUGUGAGAAAGCUUCAACUGAGUAUGGGAAAUCACCAUUUAAUUAAGUCCACAAUGUGAAACUUCACUGCCAAAACCCAUAGUCACUGUCCCCUCCCCACAAAAAUAAAGACAUGCUAGCUAUUUGAAGAUGUAUAACACCAUACUAUACUGCACUGAUGUUUGGAAUAAGCUCAAGCAAUUAAAUGAGAUCUUUUGUAAAAUUAAA